AUGUCAGAAGAAGCUGCUACUGAGGCACGAUUUUCUCUAAAGACGGUAGCCUUACGGGUAUUUCAUCUUCCGCUUUCUUGGUAUUAUUCUCUUAACCAGAUAAAGCUUUCCCCUGGGUUAAAGAAGCUGUUCACAGUAACAGCAGUGAGUGCAAUAUCUGUUAUUUUUCUGGCCCAUCAUUUUAAAAGAAGACGUGGAAAGAAAAACAAGCAAGUGCCACCAUGGGAACCAAGUCAUCUAGUAUUAGAGUGUACCAAAGCAGCUGCAUCGGAAAAAGGUUCUAGUUGUUCCAGUAGUCGGCAAAACUUGACUCUUUCUCUGAGUUCUGCCAAGGAAAAAGGAUCCCAGCCUUGUAUCUAUGCAAAUGGCGGACUUUUCAGUAAAUACUCUGGUUCAGUUCAGAGUCUGGCCUCGGUUCAGAGUGCCACCUCUUGUCACAGUUGUGCCUGUGCUAAUUCUAGUUCCUGGGAUAAAGCAGAUGAAGAUGAUAUUAAGCUUGUCAAUAUUCCAGUGACCACACCUGAAAAUUUAUAUUUGAUGGGUAUGGAGCUUUUUGAAGAGGCACUGCGUCGAUGGGAACAGGCACUAACUUUCCGUAACAGGCAAGUCGAAGAUGAAGCAAGUUGUGGUUCCAUUAAGCUGGGAGCAGGAGAUGCAAUUGCAGAAGAAAAUGUAGAGGAUAUCAUUAGUGCUGAAUUCAUUCAUAAGCUUGAAUCUCUUCUUCAAAGAGCUUAUCGUCUUCAGGAGGAGUUUGAGGCCACCCUUGGGGCCUCUGAUCCCGCUUCUCUAGCUAAUGAUAUUGAUAAAAAUACAGACAUUACUGUGAAGGAUAAUACAGAUGAUUUCUGCCUUCGAGAUACAUUAAGCAUUGCAUCAACGGACUCCUUUGUUUCCACAGCUGAGUUGUGAAAAGAGAGAGAAUUGCAUACACGUUCUUUGCAAUUAUAUUUUGACUGUCUAUUGUAUG